UGUCGCUCUGUACUCGGUUCGUGGUAAGCGCGGGCCUCCGACUUGGCCAUCACUCCUCUCUCGCCCGACUAGCGGGACUCGUAGGUCGUCGUCUUCGGUACCCUCCACCACAGCACACGACGUGGUCCUAAGAACGGCUGUGUCUUCGGGGUGCGGUUCAGGGUCGGGGUGCGCUUCUUCACAACAUAACGACCACAUUUUUGAAACACAGUGACGUGUUGCAGUUAUCCUCUGUAUUCCACGUCAAGAGUGUUUUCCGUCCUGAGAAUGUCUCAAAGGCGUUCCAAGUCCACAAAGUCAUCAUCGGAUACCCACAAGGAGGGUACUCCGUCGCAUCCUCAUUCGCACAAUCACUCCAUUUUCCACACACAUUCACACAAUGACAACGACCAUGGACACGACACCGAGGGAUUGCUUCAGGCACUACAGGGCGCAGGCGAUCGCGGUAGUCGAAUAACACUCAUUGGAUUGUAUUCCAACGUCGUAUUGACUGGUGCCAAGGGCAUAGCUGCCUGGCACAUGAACUCCGCAUCUCUACUAGCAGAUGCGGGUCACUCUUUGAGUGAUCUUUUGGGCGACUUUGUUACACUGUUCUGUUGGAAGUUGUCGCGGAAACCGCCAUCAUUACACUACCCCUACGGUUUUUCCAAGUUUGAAACACUAGGAACCACAACCGUCUCACUUAUGCUCAUCGCUGGCGCCGUCGGCAUAGCAUUUCACUCCUAUCAUCUCCUAGCACAGGCGUUGGCUACGUCAGUUUCCACUCUUCCUCCGGGUCCACUACACGAUCUUCUCUCCCAGGUGACAUCCGCUGCACAGCAUAUGCCGUCCAUUGGACAUGCACAUGGUCACGCUGGAGGUGUGCUAGAUCCGAAUGCUGCCUGGUUUGCUGCCAUUAGCGUUCUCUCAAAAGAAUGGCUCUACCGUAUUACCAAGAAAGUUGCAGACGAAGAGCACAGUCCUGUGUUAUAUGCCAACGCUAUACACCACAGGAGUGACGCAUAUUCGAGUGUUGUUGCACUCGUGGCGAUCCUAGGAUCCUGGUUACUCCCAGCACUUCCCCUUGACCCUAUCGGUGGGAUGAUUGUGUCGGCUGUCAUCCUGCAGCAAGGCUACGCACUGUUGAAGGGUGCGUUUGCGGAGCUUAUGGACGCUGGCGUUUCAAGGAAAACUUGUGACAAGCUUUCGCGCGCUCUAGACCCCCUUUUGUCGAAAAGCGCCGAAUCUAGCCAUGGGGUUCCCUACGUACUAGCAAUACGAGACCUGCGAGCGAAACGCAUGGGGUCUGUUAUAUCUGUGGAUGUGACUGCAGACGUUGCCAGCACAUUGACGGUAAUGGAGACAUCUAGGUUAGAAGAACAGAUUACGCAUAGACUUAGGGAGGCUAAAAAGGAGAUCUCUGAGGUUAGAGUUAGGUUUUGUCCUGUAGAGGUCGAGAUAGACUCAUAACUAUGCUUGUCUCUACUGCAUCGUCAAACGUUCUUUCCAUGAAGUGGGCGUGUGGCAAACUUCUUUGACUUUUUCCUUUUAUCCCACUCACUACCAACUACUAUGAGUGAUAUCGACGUCAGGUUCUCCCCAUCCACUGCGCAGGACGCGGGCUCAUUCC